UGUCGGGAAAACGGACACAAAAGCACGGAAAUGUCGAGUGGCUAGUCAAGGAACCGAAAGAAAAAAAAACACAUCAAGAAACAAUAUCGCUUACUAGCAUAAGUCAUCACCUAACGUUUUUUGGAAGAUAUUGUUUAUUGGAGAAUAUCUUGCAAUAUUCCGAUAGAAUACAUUUUUUACUGUCGCUAACUAGUCUAGCUAGAUAGCUAACACCCACGGCAGAAAUGGGUACUAGAGCCAGUCGUUUCCAAGAAGAAACAGUCGCCACGGCGUUUGCGAAGGAUGGCAUCAAGAGGGACUCCUGCCGAAGACUUCGCAACAAGAGGCCUACUAGUUUAGUGGUGGAUUUCUCGGGCAGCUUCGACCAGGACUCGGAAGUCAGUCGCAGUCGUUCAGAGGAGGGCAGCGACUCGGACCAGGGGCGUCCGACGGGCGCCGAUGGAAGCCAUGGUGACAUAAACAGCCCAAGCAAUCCCGAUCAAACUACACCGGACGAGACUGGUGAUGCUGGUGGGCCCGCGGAUGGUGCUAACUCUGGUUCAACAGGAGACGUCAACAACGACGGUCUGUCGGUGGAGGAGACGGGCCGCAUCCCCCAUCGCACUUUCUCGGAGCGUCUCCCCUCCAGCCGACAUACUUCCGGUCGCAGUGGAUCUUCGCGAACCGCCGCACGCGCUCGGGGAAGCAACCCGCGGCCAGUCUCGGAGGCAUGGAUCGGUGUGUACAGGGUCAACAGCCGCCACAGCACCGUGCGCUGUCCGUUCUGCUCCAAGCCCUUCCCGGGAGGCCGAAUCGAGGAGCAUUUGCUGAGCUGCCUCACGUCCCCCCCUCUCCCGUACAACAUGGACACUCUGAGUAAGGACAGUGGGGAGUGCAGUAUUUGCCUGGAAGACCUGCUGCAGGGGGAGACCAUCGCACGCCUGGCCUGCCUCUGCGUCUAUCACAAGAGUUGUAUUGAUUCUUGGUGCAAGGUGAAGGCCUGUUGUCCAGAACACCCCUUCGACUGAAACCCCUUCAGUUCUGUGAGUCAGGCCGGUCUUGGUGUGGAACUCUGGCAACAAUGAAAAUGGGGGUGGGGGAAGGGGGAAGUGGGGGUGCGGCAAGAAGAACGGAACAAAGAAAGAAAAAAAAACCAAAAGAGCGUCAGCCGCUGUAGCCUUCUGGAAAGACGAGGAGACCACUGACAACAGCUACUUCCUUCAAAAUGGGUCACUCCAGCCAAUCACACAUCAACUACACAUCAGCAUCAUCACAAGGAUCAAAUGAAACCAGUGCCAGGCUCAUUGUGACAGACAGACGGACCCAUUUUUUUAAUCUCCUUUUUAUUUCCAAGAGGUUUUUUUUUUUUUUUAAGGAGGGUGGGUGGGGGUCACUGUAUUUUGUUUGAACCUCUGAGUGGCUGUGUAUGGCUAGCUGCUAGGCCGCUAUAUGAGUUUCUGGGUGGCUGUGUCUGCGGCUAGCCGCUAUUUCAGUAUUCAAGUCCCUGAGUGGCUGUGUAUAGCUAGGUGCUAGGCUGGUAUUUGGGGUCCCUGAGUGGCUGUCUACAGCUAGCCACUAUAUUAGUCUCUGAUUGGCUGCCUAUGGCUAGCCGCUAGUUUGGUAUUCGAGUCCCUGAGUGGCUGUGUAUAGCUAGGCGCUAGGCCGGUAUUCGGGGUCCCUGAGUGGCUGUGUCUUCAGCUAGCCACUAUAUUAGUCUCUGAUUGGCUGCCUAUGGCUAGCUGCUAUAUGAGUCUCUGAUUGGCUGCCUAUGGCUAGCCGCUAUAUGAGUCUCUGAUUGGCUGCCUAUGGCUAGCCGCUAGGCCGCUAUAUGAGUCCGUCUCCUCUGCUUUCCAUGGAGGCUUCCUCACUCCUUCCUCUGCACCCGGGGGGGGGCGGGCGUAAAGCAUCAUUUCAUCCCUUCUUCCCCAAACUCCCAAAGUUGAGACAAUCGUGUUCCUGUCUCCGUCUGGGACGUGGACGUGGGGGCUGGGGCCCCCCCCUUUUUUUAAAAACUGAGGGCUGUGUUUCGCCGUAGGGACUUUACAGUCUCGCUCACGUGAAGCACUUUAAAAGUGAAAAUGUGUUUCGAGCCUUAAUGUCUGGCUUUAGCCCCACCAAGCACAGUUUUUUUUUUUUUUUUUUUUUUUUACAUUUUCUGUUCCAUGUCUUCACGUAAUGUCACUGGGUUUGCGUUUCGUGCUACAUAGAGGGUACCCAUGCCAAAAUUUCUUCAGAAAUGUCGGGUGAGGGCGAGGGCGGGGUGGGAGGGGGGGUGCAAUAAUGACAUUGAUUGGAAAGUGAUUCCUGUGCAUAGCGAGUAAUUUAUUUUUCUUGCCACCUUUCUGUAUUAUCACCCUUUGGAUAAA